CUCGAUUAACCGGGUGACUUAUACCUUUUGUUUCUCUUUUUCACAGGAUUCCGGAGCGUAGUUUUUGCGAAAAUCGUAAAACAGGACCCGCGCGAGAAAUAGGUGGCUCGCCUUUUCUACGUUCAGCGCUAGCGAGGAUUUCGAUUCACAGCAGUUCGUUUGUAUUAAGCAGUAAACAGUACUAGCACCCAGCCGGCAGAAUGUCCGAUCCGGUAGCCCGUCCCAUGAAGUUCCCGUACACCUUCUCGGCGAAGCUGGCACAGUUCCCGGUGCAGCACUAUUUCAAGAACCAGUGGAUCUGGCGCUACUACUUCAUCGCGUUCGGCGUUUCCAUCCCGCUGUUCUACAAAAUUCACAAGCUAGCCAACUCACCGGCCAACCAAGCCAAAUGGGCGGAAUCGAAGCGAAAAGAACACGCAGAGCAUCACUAAAGUGUGGAGCGCGAAUCCAAGCGGCGCGAUGCGCCUACGGUCACUAGCAUCCCUUUAGUAAUCCCCCGGACCUGGACUGGGCCCCGGCCCCGGACAGUAGGCGUAAGGAAGGGGGGAUGAUUGGUCUGGCAAUAAAUUGUGGCGGAUUGUAUGAAGCGUA